AUGGCAAACAAUGACCAGAUAGUUGUUUUAGAUUUCUUGCCAAGCCCUUAUGGGAUGAGGGUAAGACUCGCCUUUGCAGCUAAAGGGAUAGAGCAUGAAGGGAAAGAAGAAGAAAACUUGAUGGAGGGUAAAAGCUCUCUGCUCUUGCAGAUGAACCCAGUUCAUAAGAAAAUUCCAGUUUUGAUUCACAAUGGGAAGCCCAUAUGCGAGUCCUUGAUAAUAGUGGAAUACAUUGAUGGGCUUUGGAAGGAUAAGUUUCCUCUUCUGCCAUCUGAUCCUUACCAAAGAGCUCAAGCCAAGUUCUGGGCUCACUUCAUUGACAAUAAGCUAUUCCCACCUGACAGGAAACUAUGGGCAGCCAAGAAAGAAUUCAUAGAAACUUUGAAGCUGUUGGAAGGAGAGCUUAAAUCAAAACCUUAUUUUGGGGGUGAGAAGUUGGGGUUUCUGGACAUCGCUUUACUCCCACUGCACUGCUGGACCUACACGUUAGAGACUUUUGGGAACUUCAGCAUUGAAGCAGAGUGUCCAAAGAUAGUGACAUGGGGUAAAAGGUGUAUGGAGGAGGAGUUUGUGUCCAGCUCUCUUCCUCACCCACACAAAAUCUAUGAAUCGGUGGUGGAGUUUAAGAAGAAAAUGGGAAUAUAA